AUGGCCCCGCCGCCCUUCCCGCCGAUCGUCUUCCUGCACCCCAGUGCUGUCCAGAAACUCAGCAUACGGGGGUACCAGAAGUGGCUGCACGGCGAGAUACCCUCGCCACCCACCCGAACGUCCCAACAAGCAUCAGCACGGCAGCGGGACUCGGCGUUCCCUCCACAAGCUGAUCCCCCAUCCAUCGUGCCGUCCAGGUCGAUGUCGCUAUCGACCACGAGCGCCACCUCCUCCCCCGAGGCACGGCGUGCAAUGGAGAAGGGCAAGGCCCGCGAGCCCGACGCGUCCGAGAUGCUCGCCGAAUAUCGGUUUCCGCGGACACCGUCCUCGCUGAGCAGCCGGACGCCAGACUCGUCGAGGGUCGCCAGUGCGCACUCGAGCAGGCAUGACUCGCCCGAGCUGUCGAGCAACGCUGCACGGAACGCGCGAUUGACGAAGCCCAAGAUCCCCACGGAGGACAAGGACCGCGAGAAGCACAAGGACCGCGAGAAGCACAAGGACCGCGAGAAGCACAAGGACGACCGGAUCGCGGGCCUCAUCAGGGAACGCACGCAGGAACAACAUGCGGCGGAGGAUACGCACGCGCUGAGCUUCGCGGAGCUGUACGAGCCUGGGUUCGCGUGGACGAUGACGAACAUCGAUAUUUUCCAUACCUGCGCUGGGAAGGAGGAGGAGGAGCAGCCGAUGGAGGUCAAGGAGGCUCUCGCGGCUGCGAAAGUGGUUGAAGCUGCAACUGAAGUCGAGGGCGCCCGAGGCCGAGGAGCGCGGGCGCACAUCACCCAAGUGCAGCGGGUGGACGAGCCGAAGGAGAAGGAGCACCGGGUGCGCGACAAGGACCGGGCGUCUCCAGGACACAAAGAGCGCAAGUCGGCGGCCUCUCUGUCCAGUCGCCACUCCAACCACCUACGCUCCCGCCGCCCUCCUCACGCCCUGGUCACGCGGAAUCGCCGCGCGCUCGGUAACCUUACUAGUACCGCCCCCACUGCCUACGAGUUCGAGGUCGAGCGACCGCGCGACGUCAAACCCAUCGCGCAGAGCACGCCUGCGCACUUAGCCAAGCACCCAGAGGACGAACCGACGCUUGGGUGGAUGGCCGCGAAGGGACGACUGGCGCAGACGGAGGAGAACUGGAACGACUCCCAUGAGUACCGAAGUCACUCGCCCUCAACCUCCCUCUCCUCUGCGCCGGCGUUCCGCAUAUCCUUCCUCACUCGACCCGCCUCCACGUCCGCCAUCUGUUCACGUCCGUACUCUGCACGCCAACCUCGAGCUACGCGCCCCCGUCCUCGUCCGACUCGCAUCUGCCCGUUCAGCACGCGCCGGACGCAGGACUCUCCGCUCGGCGCGCCUGUGACCUCGCAGUGUCUCACCCAGUCGGCGACCCACCAACAUGAUCGCGCCGGCGCGCCCAGUAGUCCGUCCCUGUCUCCCCGAGACCCCAAGCUGAGUGAGCAACAACCGCACAGGUUGUACCGCUCGCCUGCCACUCCAGCCGCAUCCCUGCAGAGCUCGGCAGCAAAAUUCAGCCCGCAAGCAUCCAUUGUAACUCGGUUCGCGGACCCCAGGCUCGCCGCACUCGAUGCGUCCACACUGCUCCUGCGCUUCGCCUGGUCGCGACUUCCCCGGCCCUCGCCUUAA